CCUGACACAGCCGACUCGGCAGCAGGGUUGAACAGCAGCAGCAGCAGCAGCAGCAGCUUGUCCUGGAUUACAAGGCUGUCACAUCGGAGUAGACAGGCGGUUGUAGUGCUGAACUAACUGAAGGAUUGUUUUGGUUUUUUGCCUCCUCUGUGUCUUCUACUACACUGUUUUCCAAGUCAGCUGCCUCCCGGGCUUGAUUAAUUUACAAGGCUGUGCAGAGGCACGCAGAGGGAUUUAUUUAGAGGCUGGAAGUCAACGCUGAGGGGAUCUGAAGAGGAAUCGGAAGAUAAGGAGCUGACAACACAGACCUGUCCCAUAUUGAUCUUCUGUCUCUCUCUCUCUCUCUCUCUCUCUCUCUCUCUCUCUCUGUCUCUGUCUCACUCCCUCUCUCUCUCUCUCUCUCUCUCUCUCUCUCUCUCUCUCUCUCUCUCUCUCUCUCUCUCGGAGUGACACCAAACACCUCUAACCCGGAAACAGCCUGUCUGUCAGGCAAGGUGGAUGUUAGGAUUAAAACCUCUUGAGGAUUUCACUGAGUUGCUCCCUUGACGUCUUCUCUUCCUCACCCCACAGUUCUCUCCCCUGAGGCAGGGCUGUGUGAACGGGUCCGAGGGGGGCAGCGGUAGGGGCUGUGAGGAGCGGAGAGGGGCUGUGCCGGGGUCCUCAGGGGCAAAGGAAGAAGCAACAGCCUGGCCUGGCCUCUAUGCGGUUGUGGAAAGGGACAGGGUCAGGGAGCCUGGGGCUGGUUCAGGCUGCAGGGUCUGGUGGUGGGAUAGAAAGACAGGCGCUGCUGCGGCCAUCAUGGAGAGGAGUGGCUGCAUCCCCCUAUGCUGGGCCCGGGGCGCCUGUGUUUAUGCUCAACACCCUCCACUCCCAAAAUAUGACAGACAGCUAGCCCCCACCAAAGGAAGCAUGGCGUCAGCGUACCUGGACCCCAACCUGAACCACCACGCUGGGUUGGGCGGUGGGGUGUCGAAGCCGGGGACCAUGGACCGGGUGCUCAAGAUCCACCACUACUUGGAGAGCAACAGUGAACCAUCCACCUGGGCCAGCCACAUCCGCCAUGGAGACGCCACUGACAUCAGGGGUAUCAUCCAGAAGAUAGCAGACAUCCACAAGGUGAAGUGUGUUUCCUGUCUGGGCCUGCGUCUCAGCCACCUGCGCUCAGGGAACAUCCACUGGCUGCACCCUGACAUGGGGGUGUCCCGCGUCAGGGAGAGGUACGAGCUGCUCCACCCUCAGGACGAGUGGAGGUAA